UACAUUAACAAGUCCAUGUCCUUUUUCUCCCUUUAAUUUCUCUCUCAACUUCUUGUUCUUGUUCUUCUUCUUCUUUAUCUAUCUAUAUAUAAAUAAGAAGAGAUACAAAAGUGAAGUUACUACAAGAGUCUUGAAGCAACUACUAUAGUAGUGUAUUGCAUGUAGUAUUAUUAUUGUUAAUCACAAAUGGGACGCUCACCAUGCUGCGACAAAGUUGGCUUAAAGAAAGGUCCAUGGACUCCUGAAGAGGAUCAGAAACUCUUAGCUUACAUUGAAGAACAUGGCCAUGGAAGCUGGCGUGCUUUACCAUCUAAAGCUGGGCUUCAGAGAUGUGGUAAGAGCUGCAGGCUUAGAUGGACUAAUUAUCUUAGACCUGAUAUUAAAAGGGGAAAGUUUAGUUUGCAAGAAGAACAAACCAUCAUUCAACUUCAUGCCCUAUUAGGGAACAGGUGGUCAGCAAUAGCAACACAUUUGCCAAAGAGAACAGAUAAUGAAAUCAAGAAUUACUGGAACACGCAUCUAAAGAAGAGGCUAACAAAGAUGGGAAUCGAUCCCGUCACUCACAAACCCAAGAACGACACUCUCCUCUCUAGCGACGGUCAAUCCAAGACCGCCGCUAAUCUCUCCCACAUGGCCCAAUGGGAGAGCGCUCGCCUCGAAGCCGAGGCGAGACUAGUCAGAGAAUCGAAACUAAGAUCACACCUCACAACUUCUUCCUCAUCAAACAACAAACCAUCAUCAGAUGUAGUAUCAGCAGCACUCCCACCAACUAUACCCUCUUCUCGUUCUUCUUCUUCUUCCAUUGAUGUCUUGAAAGCUUGGACCAAUGGAGGAUGGUUGAAAUCCAAUGAAGGAAACAACAACAACAACAACAGUGGUGGUGGUGGAAUUGGAGACCUUGAGUCACCUACUUCUACUUUGUCUUUCUCUGAGAACAAUGCACCACCGCCAUUAACAAUCAUGGCUGGUGGUGGUGGCGGAGGAAUAAUUGAAGGGCAUAAUGGUAAUAACGUGAAAGAAGAGGGUAAAGUGUAUGAUAGUCUUCAUGAGUUAACAAUGUCCGCCAUGGAAGGAACGUCAUGGGGUUCUUCGCAUCAACAUCACGAUGUUAUUGUUGGGGAUGGUCACGUCGACGAUGAUGAUGAUGAUCCCAUGGUUGGUGAAGAAGGCUUCACGAAUCUUCUUCUCAAUGCAGCAGCACAAUCUGAUGAUCGGAGUUUGUCUGAAGAAGGUGGUGGAGACGGAGCUAGUGGUGGUAGCGGCGACGGCGACGGUGACGGCAAUGGUAGUGAUUUCUAUGAAGAUAACAAGAACUACUGGAACAGCAUUCUUAACUUAGUAAACUCUUCUCCUUCUGAUUCCCCAAUGUUCUAAUAAUAAAUAUUAAUAAAUAAUAAUAAUAAUCUAAUCAUGGUUUUAAAUCGCGGUUAAUUGCUAUUACAACAUAAUGCUCAUUGUAAUUUAAUUUUCAUGUGGUCUAACUGUGACUGCAAUUUAAAACCAUGAUCAUGAUUUUAUAGUGAGUUACUAUGUUUUGGAGUGUGACUAAUAAUAGUCUUAUAGCAUAAAUAAUAAUAUUCCUUAGAAAAAAGCCUAAUCAAAAGAAAAAAAAAUUGACGCUUAAUUUGCUGAUGCUUAAUUAAUUAUUA